AUGGCAAACGUCGCUUUAGCGGAAUGGACUGACCCCACAAGUCCGGGACAGAACGGAGAGACGCAAAUCUUUGUAGCAGCAAAGGAGGGACACGUGGAGGUGGUCAAGCUACUUCUUGAGAAUGGUGCCCAUGUCGCAACUCCGGAUAACGACGGGUGUACGCCAGUCUUUGCAGCAGCAAAGGAGGGAUACGUGGAGAUCGUUAAGCUACUUGUUGAAAAUGGAGCCGAUAUUACAACUCCUAAUGACGACGGGUUGACGCCAAUCUGUGCAGCAGCAAGCCACGGACUUGUCGAGGCGGUCAAGCUACUUCUUGAGAAUGGGGCCGAUGUCACAACUGCGAAUAAGAAUGGGUGGACGCCAGUCUUUGCUGCUGCAACUACCGGAUAUGUGGAUGUGGUCAAGCUACUUGUUGAGAAUGGGGCCGAUGUCACAACUACGGAUAACUACGGGAGGACGCCAGUCUACGCAGCAGCAACGAAGGGACACGUGGAAAUGGUCAAGGUGCUU